GUCGAGACUAAAGGCCUAUUCCAUACUUGUCUCCCUGGGCAGCUGAACAAGUUGCGAGGAUUUCAUGGGCUAUGAUCCGUCGCUCUCUUUGCAGCUCUUUGGGAAAUGGCAGAGACUACUUAGAUAUGAAUUAUGACAGCAUGGACAUUGCCAAUUUGCCAUAUCAGACUUUACUUGCAAUCCUAUUGAAUUCAAUGAUUGUUAGCUACCUGGGCAUGUGGUUUCCACGCGACCAAGCGUCGCCUGUGCCCCAAAAAAUGAUCGUAAGGGAACUCCAGGUGAUUGGAUAGACAAACCAAGUCUGCAUAGGCUACUUUAACUAGACUGAUAGCUUGUGUGGAACCUCAAAAAUCCACAGACCUCUUUAAGACUAACACUGAGAUACCUGGAUCGGUAAUGUAAUCUAAAAUUCUGGAGCACUCUUCAUCAGAUUAAAGUCUCAGGCUAAUAUUUUGAGCACGUCUAGGAGUAUGAAACAGUGAGAUGCCGAGACAGUAGGCCGUAAUCCCACUAAAAGCACCAUCUAGAUAUGAGAGAUGAUUGGAAGCGCAUUAAGAGUGUCGCCCAUAAGAGAUUCGUGGAGCUUGUCUUCUUGAUAUUUGACUGACCACACUUCUCGAACAGAUCAAUCAACCCAAUCCAGCGAAUACGGAGACAAGUAGCAGCCAUUGACAUUGAUGAAAAUGUCAAACAAGCAAAAAUGUCAAAGCCACAUAUCUCCGUUUGGGCGGAUGUGAGUGACUAAAACGUCACAAUAUCAGAAUAGAGGUUUCUUCUGUGACGGAAAAGUAACACCCACCAAAGACCGGCCAAUUUUCUAUGUUGUCCUUGCAAAGUGUGAAUCCAAUUGUGGAGUUGAGUUGAGAAUCUAGUCAUCACUAGGAGAAGGGAGAGGUUUGCCUUUGUAGUCCUUCCGGGCCAUCGAUUUCGCUAUUGAAACUUCUUCCCCGGAAAGAUCUACUUCCACCUCCCCUGCAUCCAUCCCUUAUCAUGUUUUCCCUAGCAUCCACUUUCCUAUUUACUCAUUCUUCUCUGCUUGUCUAUGCAACUGUAACCCCGCCCCCACGUGCCGGUACAGAUUUUCUCAUUUUGCCGGUUUAUUGUGCUUCUGCUGAAUCACUCUUGCCGUAGCAAGAUGUGAUUUUCCAAAUCGAGGGAACCAAAAAAUGUUACUUAUUAGCUGCAUAUUUCUUGCACUAGUGCAGCACUGGCUUAUCGUUGCCAGUCGAGCUCAAGCAGCUCUAAGUCCUCCGUAUCACCCUCAUCCUCACCCCCGCCACUCGCUGCUUGGAGACAGGGCUGCUCUUCUUGAAUUCAAGAAGUCGAUCAGAUCCGACCCGAAUUCCGCGCUUGGUAACUGGAACGCAACAGUUGAUGUCUGCAGCUUCACUGGAGUCAUCUGCAAUGCACAGCAUCACCGAGUGGUGAAUCUCACCUUAGAAGACCAAGGCCUAGAGGGGCAGCUCUCGCCUUUUCUAUCGAAUCUUACGGGUCUUCGGUACUUGAGCCUUGCAAACAAUAACUUUUUCGGGAUGAUUCCUCCUGAGCUUUCAUCCCUUCGACGCCUUCACAGUCUCUGGUUGUAUGGAAACAAUCUAGAGGGUCCUAUACCGCAUUCAUUUGCUCUUUUAACCAAUCUUCUUACGCUUGUUCUACUGGAUAACAAGUUGACAGAUACACUUCCAGUCUCUCUCUUUGCAAACUGCACCAAAUUGAAAAACAUAGACCUCUCGAUGAACUCCCUUGAAGGAGAGAUCCCACCAGAGAUCGGAAAUUGCCGUGAUCUCUAUCAACUUUUUCUGUACAACAAUCAAUUCACCGGCCAUUUACCCGUCUCUCUAGGAAAUGCUUCACAAAUGAUCAGUAUCGAUGUAGAAUAUAACAAGCUCGAAGGCCCGCUCCCUUCAGAUAUUGUGGAGAGGCUCCCUUUGCUGGAAGAUCUUCAUCUUUCAUACAACAAAAUGCAAAGUCACGAAGGCAACACCAAUCUUGACAUUUUCUUCACAUCCUUAGCAAAUUGCACGGAACUGCUUGAACUGGAACUGGAAGGCAUGGACCUAGGAGGGAGCUUGCCAAAUUCCAUUGGCCAACUUAGUGUCCACUUAAAAACCUUGUUACUUGAACAGAAUCAGAUUUUCGGAUCGAUUCCCCCAGCCCUGGGCAGAUUUCCCAAUCUUUCUUUGUUGAACCUAUCAUCGAAUCUCCUUCAUGGACCGAUCCCGGAAGAGAUUAAGGGGUUGUCAAGUCUAGAACGGCUCUUCUUAUCUCACAACUUGUUCAGAGGCAAAAUUCCGACCAUAUUGAGCCAGCUUCCUCAUUUGGGUCUUCUUGAUCUGUCAUAUAACAAAUUCUCCGGGGAAAUCCCGGCAAGUCUCGGGAAUAUGGUUCGAAUGAGCUCACUUUUUCUUAACAACAAUCUCCUUUCAGGAAAUAUACCGCCAUCACUGGGAAGAUUGUCCCAAGUGAACCAGCUAGAUUUGUCGCAUAAUCAGCUAUCGGGAAGAAUUCCGCCGGAGCUAUUACUGGGCAUUAAUGAGAUCAGAUUAUAUUUAGGUCUGUCUCACAACAAUCUUGAAGGCCCUCUACCACUUGAGCUCAGCAAGCUCGAAAAGUUACAAGUCAUGGACCUCUCCUCCAAUAACCUCAACGGAAGUAUCUUCUUUCAGAUAUUGAGCUGCAUUGAACUGAAAGCCAUAAAUUUCUCGCACAACUUGCUCGAAGGACGCCUUCCAGAUUCCCUGGGCGAUCUGAAGAACCUAGAGUCCUUGGAUGUUUCUUGGAACCGGCUCUCCGGACCCAUCACCGCAAGCCUGGGCAAGAUCGAGAGUCUGAGAUUUCUAAAUCUCUCGCACAACGACUUCCAGGGCAUGAUCCCAUCAGGAGGCAUUUUCAAAUCCAUCAAUUCUCUGUCAUUCUUGGGGAAUAAGCGCCUGUGCGGGACGGUUCCAGGCGUACCAGUUUGCUCUCGAAAGAAAACUUGGUUCCGGUCACGAACUUUCUUGAUCAUUUUCGUCGUGCUCAUAUCUGCAUCAGCAUUCCUGUUGACUAUAUGCUGCGUGAUUGGAUAUCGGCGCUUCAAGAUGAUUACUUCUUCUGGGAUGACUGAACCGAUAAAUGCGCCAAAGCCACCAGACCCGGUGCCUAAUUUUCCAAGAAUCACAUACAAAGAAUUGGCGGAUGCCACUGGCGGAUUUGAUGACCAGAGUCUGGUUGGAUCAGGUAGCUAUGGACGUGUAUACAAGGGAGUUCUUCCUGAUGGAACAGCCAUAGCAGUGAAGGUGUUACAUGUCCAAUCGGGAGAUUCCACCAAGAGUUUCAACAGGGAAUGCCAAGUUCUAAAGAGGAUCCGGCACAGGAACUUGAUAAGGAUAAUAACAGCUUGCAGCCUCCCGGAUUUUAAGGCCAUCGUCCUCCCUUUCAUGGCAAAUGGGAACCUCGACAGCCAUCUCUAUCUUCAUUCAGGAACGGGCUUGAGCUCGAGAUCUUCUGAUUUGACCCUCGUCCAGAGGGUGAAUAUCUGCAGUGACGUAGCCGAAGGAAUGGCUUAUUUGCAUCACCAUUCUCCGGCCCGAGUCGUACAUUGUGACCUGAAACCAAGCAAUGUUCUUCUCAAUGAUGACAUGACUGCAUUGGUUUCUGAUUUUGGAAUAGCGAGGCUGAUUAUGUCGGCCGGAGGUGGAAAUGCAGCACUUGUCGAGAACAUGGGAAAUUCCACAGCAAAUAUGCUGUGCGGAUCUAUCGGAUACAUUGCCCCAGAGUACGGAUUUGGGUCGAACACAUCUACAAAGGGAGAUGUUUACAGCUUCGGCAUCCUGGUCCUCGAGAUGGUGACUAGGAGGAGACCGACCGAUGAUAUGUUCGUUGGGGGACUGAACUUGCACAAAUGGGUCAAGAGCCAUUACCAUGGGAGGGCUGAAAUGAUUAUAGACUCCUCAUUGUUAAGAGCUUCGAGAGACCAAUCUCCCGAAGUGCAGAAGAUGUGGGAGGCCGCCAUCGCGGAGCUCAUAGAGUUGGGUAUCCUUUGCACGCAGGAGUCGCCUUCCACAAGGCCGACAAUGCUCGACGCCGCCGACGACUUGGAUCGGCUCAAGAGAUACCUUAGCGGAGACACUACUGCAACUUUCGCAUCUUCUCUUGGAAUCUCUUCAUCCACUUUCGGGACCGAAGAUUGAAUCUCAUAUCCAUUGUACGGUUAAAUCAGUGAAUU